AUGUCUGUUGUCGAACGACCACCUAAUCCUGAUAUCACUGUUCCUAAUAGUUUUGGACCUGCUAAGGGUGGUCCUGCUAAGAUCUUUAAAGCUAAGUAUGCUCAAUCCAUUAUACCUGUGAAGAAGAAGGAGGUGCUGAGUCGUCGAUAUAAGAUAGAUACCACUAAUAUGCCACCAUGGAGAAGAUGGAGUACUAAGCUACCUAAUAUGGGUUCAUCAUUACAUAUAGACAAAAAGGAUGAUGAUGACAAGAUGGAAUCUAUGAUAGGGGACAGGGGAAGGAAGAGACUAUUACCUAUUAUGGUACAUCCUAAUAGAGUGAAGAUAGCCACAGGGGAUAUUGAUCCUAUUGAUAUGGAUGACUUUACAUUAGCAGUAACAGAGACAGUACCAUUUGCUUAUAAGUAUCAUCAUCCAUCCAAUAGGAGUAGAAGAGUACCCGAUGAUAUCAUCCUUCAACGUAUAUCAACACGAGUUAAUGAGAGAUUACCUGAUCUUAAUGAUGCCCAUAUGAUCAAGAUACUACUUGCAUUUGAUAGAAUACGACCAAAGGUUAUACAUAGAACUGCACAUCCUGAACGAUAUUUCUUAAGUAGACCAUUGGCUUAUAUUAAUCAACCAUUUAUGACCUCACUUUAUCAAGCUAUCAAACCAACAUCAAUAAAUAAUACCAAGGUGUUGUUGGCUUUAUUUACAGCAUACACUAGAUGUGGUAUUCAUCACCCUCAAUGGAUUAGAUCGGUUAUGGAUCAUGCGUGUAAUACAUGGUUAAUCGAUAAUACAUUACCACCAACAUCACCACGAGAAUUAGCUGACAUUGUAUUAGCAUUUGCUAGUACAAGGGUUAAGAAGCAUGAUGAAUUCUUACAUAUACUAACAGAUGAGAUAGAGGACAACUUUAAUGAAUUUGAUGAAGAUGCUAUUGGUGAUGUUGUACGAGCAUUUUUAUCUAUGCGUUAUGGUAAUAAGCAGUUCUUCACCGUUCUAGGUCGAGAGCUACCUCAUAGGAUACAUGAAUAUCGUUGGUGGAAUCUUGUUGAUAUUUCUGAAUUAUAUAUGAUAUUAAAAUGGCCAGCAGAAGAUGAUCCUGAUAUGAUUAUGAGAUUUGGUAACGAAGUAUGGAAAUAUCAUAAGGUUAUGAGUGGCAAAUAUGUUGCUCGAGCAUUACGUGUAUUGGCCUAUUUAGAGACAUCAGAUAGGAGUAAUGUGAAGAUGAUAAUGGUUUAA